UAUACUUGGUUGACAACAUACAAACCACUAGGUAAUUCAGAUGUUUGAACUUUAGACCCUAGACUCUGAACUUGUGAAGUAUUUUAAGAUUGUUUUUGACUUUAUAAACUGUUUCUGUGGUUAGAUUACAUUUUAAACUUGUUUUAAAUUCAUACGUUUAAUAGUAAAUAAUACUUCAUUUAAAAUAAUUACAAAAAAUGGCUUCAACAACAUUGAUAAUGAAAAGGUGUUUGUCAACGUCGAAUGCUUUAAAUGUUAUAAAAAAUGUAACAAUAAUAGGAGGUGGACUGAUGGGAUCAGGAAUUGCGCAGGUAACUGCCCAAUCAGGUCAAAAUGUAACAAUCGUCGAAGUGAACGACGGUGCAAUUAAAACAGCCGAAAAAAGAAUUUCAGACAGUUUGGUAAGAGUGGGAAAAAAGUUAUACAAAGAUAACCCCCAGGAAGCCGAAAAGUUUGUACAAGGAACCAAAUCGAAAGUCAGAGGCGUAACAGACGUCGGGGAGGGGGUAAAAAAUGCCGAUCUUGUUAUCGAAGCUAUUGUGGAAAACAUUGAUGUGAAGCACAAAUUAUUUAAGCAAAUAGACACCCUCGCCCCUCCCAGCGCCCUUCUAGCUUCAAACACGAGCUCCUUAAGUAUCAGGGACAUUGCCUCAGUGACCAAUAGAAAGGAUAAAUUCGGAGGGUUGCAUUUUUUCAAUCCAGUUCCGGUAAUGAAACUUUUAGAGGUUGUUACAACCCCUGAACUAUCUGAGGAGUCUUACAAGUCGUUUAUGGAAUGGGGUAAAUCUGUCGGGAAAGUUUGCGUCACUUGUAAGGAUACACCAGGAUUCGUUGUUAACAGAUUAUUAGUCCCUUAUAUGGCCGAAGCCUUGAGGAUGUACGAAAGAGGCGAUGCCAGUGCCAAAGAUAUCGAUAUCGCAAUGAAGUUAGGGGCGGGUUAUCCAAUGGGACCGAUAGAGCUGGUCGAUUACGUAGGACUCGAUACGACUUUGUUUAUUAUAGAGGGGUGGCAUAAAAAGUUUCCGGACAAUCCUCUUUUCGUACCUCCGGAAUCUUUGAAAAAGUUGGUAGCCGAAAAGAAAUUCGGUGUCAAAUCCGGAGAGGGUUAUUACAAAUACGAUAAAAAAUAAAAACCAACUGACAUUCACAGUAUUGUACCGUAUAUAAACUUUUAUAUUUCAUUAAAAGAAGAAGACUUUCU